CUGCAUUUUUUUUUUGUAGGCUCGUUUCGCGCGCGCGGCGCCGCCGCCGUAGGAGCGGCCGGGAGCAAGUGGUGAGGGCGCGCCGCGCGCGGGCGGGCCGCCGCACGGGGUUCCUAGCAAGGGCGGUAGGGAGAAGUGGUCCUGGCGCCUCGCAGCGGGCCGAAGCUUUACUGCAGCCUUUGGUCGAAAAACGGGCUAGCCUCGGCGCGUCCAACUCGCUCAGCGCCCCCGUGUGGCUGGUUUUUGUAAGCGCCGUCCCCGGCAAAAAGCUAGUGUGUUUGCUACGCUAAUAGUCUUUGCGCGCGCGUCGUCUUUACAGGCUUCGCCUGCGCUCUAGGACCGCUGUUAGUUCGUCUCAGCAGCAGCUUCCAAACCGCGAAGGACCCACGCGCAGCGAGGAGCACGAAGCGCGGCGCUCCUGGAUAGAGCUAAGGGAGAGCUCAGCACUCAAGACAAAAAAAAAUCUCGCGCCGUCGGCCGGGGAUUCUCUAGCUCGACGUCGUCAAAAAAAAAAAAUGUCCGUCCGCAUCGCCGGCCGCAGCUACGAGCUGCUCUCAGCGUCGACGAGCCUGAGCGACGACGAGGACGUACCGGUCGACGCGUCGAUCACGAGGACGAGCCUGAGCGACGAGGACAAUAUCCCCGUUGACGCCUCGAUCACGAGCGCGCCGCCGGCGUAUGAAGAGGACGAAGGCGAGGAGACGAUCUACUUCGAUACAAGAGACGAGGUCGUUCAUCCUGAAUCAGACGAUCUGCUGGAGGAGGCCGCCGCGGCCGCCGUCAACGGGCUCGUGGAUGGAGCUGUGUUAGCGGUCGCGGUCGGCGCCGUCGCCGACGCGGCGCACCUCGAGGGCACGUCUGAUGUCAUCGCAUCAAGUGUAUUGGAGGCGGCGCGCCGGUCCCUCGCGAACGCGUCCACGGAGACGGUGCGCACGGCCAUCCAGCGCCUUGGUUUGUCCAGACGUCAAGUACUAAUGUCGGACUCACUACAAAUCUGGUGCCGUAUCGUCUAUGAGGAGCGCGAGGACUGCUCAUUAGCCGACGCGUUUUUCAGAAGGCGCCGCUGCGGCUCCGCUUUAGCUCUACUGCGGUCUCGCUGUUCGAAGAAGCUCGCGACCACCCAAUCCAUGGCCGCGACAGUGAGAGGACUGGGGGCGUCUCGUAGAUUGGCCGUCAAGCGGUGGCGGCGGAAGGCCGUCGCGGCGAUGGACACUCGCGCGCUGCGGACCGCGCAAGCUACGCACUUUUUGCAAAGGUGGCACGCUUCGACGCAAAAACGGGCGCGCGCGCGCGAGAAGCGGCGAGCAGCGGCGCGCGACCUCAAUAGGAGGCGGCUACAACGAGCGUAUGAAGCUUGGGCGCGUCGAGCGCGCGGCGACGCCGUCGUGAGGAUGGUGUCGAAGCACGGUCGAGGGCGGCGACGCGCGGAGUUACUAAAGCGCUGCGUGGUCCGGUGGCGCACCGUCUCGAACGUGUCGAUCAGCUGUCGCCUAUUGCGGGGCGCUGGCUCCCAACGCAUGACGCGCGACGCGUUCGCGGACUGGCGCCGCGGCGCGCGCGCCCGGCGGGAAGCGCGGGCGCAAAACGUGCGCGCUUUGUACCACUGGGCGCGGCAGCUCGAGGGCAAGUGCUUUGAAGCAUUAGCGAGGUACUCACAAAAUCGCAAGGCGAAGCGGCUGGACGUCGAGCGCGCGUUCUACGAGCGCGCGCGCGCCUCGGAGUCAAAAGCGGCGGCGGACCUCGUGGAGACGACGCGUUCCAGGCCGGAGCCGCGCUGGACGCCCGACGUCUCCGACGACAACGACGCGCGCUGGACGGCGACGUUCCUCCUGCCGCGCGACGCGCCGCCGCGAUCCAUACCGUCGCCACCAAAUACGCCGUCGCCCGUGAAAAUACGGCCGCCGCCGAAGCGGCGCGCGGCGCCGCGGCCCCUGCCGCCCGACGUCGUGCUGCUCGGCGAGGCGUCGAUGCCGCCCGUGGUCCGUGCAGCGCCGGACGAUGAUGGCGAGGCGUCGCUGGCGCCGACGGCGCGCCGGCCGCCGGUCAGCGUCCCCGUCGGCGUCGCUGCCAGCGCCGCCACUGGUCUAGCGCGAGUCGCCGCGGCGCCGGCCGGCGGCGAGGCGCCGCCGCCGCCACCGGCUUCGGACCCCGCGGCCGUCAACGUUCUGGUGCAGGCCCUCGCGCGCGCCGUCGGCGAGCUGCGCGCCCCGGACGCCGGGCCGCCGCCCCUACUGCGA